AAUAUGUAAUUGCGCUCGUGCGACUGGUUGCUUCUAAAUUUGGCUUCUGAGGGGCAGGUUGUUAACAGUCGGUGAGGUGGUCGCUCCGCCGGUGCUGUGUGGGGAUGUGAACGUUCACGGAGGCUGCAGGAAAUUAACCGAUAAAUGCGUGACGACGGGACGACGCGGAGGAGCUUAGCCGAGGAGCAGAGAGGUCAUGAUGUGCCAGAAGUCGAUGCUUUUUAGGAAAAAAUUAGACAUUUAAGAGGAUCAUUGUUAGUUAGGUGGGAGGAAAUUAAGCUUUGUGCGCCUAAAUUAAAGCGUUGGAGAUUUUGGAGAAGACUGAGGCAACUCCUGCUGUAAAUAUCAAACUGAAUGGACUUUUUUUUCAACACUGCCUGAAAGAAUGACGGCCAGCAAAAGGUCCGAGGAUGUUUUCACUCUUCGUGGCACCUGCACGUAGUUAACAAAACCGGCCACUGACAGACCUUUUUACGCACGGGGAGAGCGCCGUGCUCCCUCAUUAUUUGGGGUUAUUUUUUGCGUUUAUCCGAACGAACUUUGCAACACAUUUUCAAUGAUUCGAGAUCUGAGCAAGAUGUACCCCCCGGCCCGGCAUCCGGUCCCCCACCAGCCGGGCCAGCCGUUAAAGUUCACUGUCACUGAGUCCUGCGACCGGAUCAAGGAGGAGUUCCACUUCCUGCAAGCGCAGUAUCACAGUUUGAAAUUGGAGUGUGAGAAACUGGCCAGUGAUAAGACAGAGAUGCAGAGACACUAUGUGAUGUACUACGAAAUGUCAUAUGGACUGAACAUCGAGAUGCACAAGCAGGCGGAGAUCGUCAAACGGCUGAAUGCAAUCUGCGCCCAAGUCAUCCCCUUCCUCUCUCAAGAGCAUCAGCAGCAGGUGGUGCAGGCGGUGGAGAGGGCCAAACAGGUCACUAUGGCUGAACUUAACGCCAUCAUAGGACAGCAGCAGCUCCAAGCUCAGCACCUCUCCCAUGGCCACGCCAUCCCUGUCCCCCUCACGCCUCACCCAGCAGGACUGCAGCCCCCCCUGCCCCCCGGGGCCAGCACUGCCAGCUUGCUGGCUCUGUCCUCGGCCCUGAGCCACCAGCUGCCGCUCAAAGACGAGAGGAAACACCAUGACAACAACAGCGAACACCAGAGAGAUAGAGACUCAGUCAAGAGCUCGUCUGUGUCUCCCUCGGCAAGUUUUCGUGCUGGAGAGAAGCACCGGAGUUCAAACGAUUACUCCUCCGACAGCAAAAAACUGAAGACAGAUGAUAAGGAGCUGGCCUCCGCACGAUUUGAAAGUGAUGGAGAGAAGAGUGAUGACAACCUCGUCGUAGACGUCUCCAAUGAGGAUCCAACAUCUCCCAGAGGAAGUCCCGCCCACUCACCUCGAGAGAAUGGAUUGGACAAGCGUCGUCUGUUGAAGAAGGAUGCUCCUCUGAGUCCUUCCUCCGUUGCCUCCUCCAGCAGCACACCUUCAUCCAAAUCCAAAGAGAUUAAUUUGAACGAGAAGCCAACAACGCCUGUGUCCAAGUCCAGCACCCCCACCUCCCGCUCGGAUGCCCUGACACCCAGCAGCACCUCCACCCCAGGCCUGAGGACUGUACCUGUGAAACCAGCAGGAAUUGAGACCCUUGCACCUGGUCUUCGUACACCUCUGGCAGUGCCCUGCUCAUACCCGAGUCCGUUUGGGAUGGUUCCCCACCCGGGUAUGAAUGGAGAGCUGAGUGGAGCAGGAGCGGCCUACACCGGUCUGCACAGUAUCUCUCCACAGAUGAGCGCAGUAGCUGCUGCUGCUGUGGCAGCUUAUGGACGCACACAAGUGGUGGGUUUUGAUCCUCACCACCACAUACGUGUCCCUGGACUUCCUCCAAACCUGUCAGGCAUUCCUGGUGGAAAACCAGCAUACUCCUUUCAUGUGAGCGCUGAUGGACAAAUGCAGCCGGUGCCUUUUCCUCCCGACUCGCUGAUCGGCCCUGGCAUUCCUCGCCACGCUCGGCAGAUCAAUACUCUGAGCCACGGGGAGGUGGUCUGUGCUGUCACCAUCAGUAACCCCACGCGUCACGUCUACACUGGCGGCAAGGGCUGCGUCAAGGUGUGGGACAUCAGUCACCCCGGCAACAAGACCCCCGUAUCCCAGCUGGACUGCCUGAACAGAGACAACUACAUCCGUUCCUGUCGACUUCUUCCCGAUGGGCGGACUCUAAUUGUCGGGGGCGAGGCGAGUACUUUGUCAAUCUGGGAUUUGGCCACACCAACUCCGCGAAUCAAAGCUGAACUAACCUCAUCAGCACCAGCGUGUUACGCUCUGGCCAUCAGCCCAGACUCCAAGGUCUGCUUUUCCUGCUGCUCCGACGGAAACAUCGCCGUUUGGGAUCUUCACAACCAGACUCUGGUCAGACAGUUCCAGGGCCACACCGAUGGGGCCAGCUGCAUAGACAUCUCUAAUGAUGGGACCAAGCUUUGGACUGGAGGUCUGGAUAACACCGUGCGGUCCUGGGACCUGAGGGAGGGACGGCAGCUGCAACAGCACGACUUCACCUCCCAGAUCUUCUCUCUCGGAUACUGUCCGACGGGCGAGUGGCUGGCGGUGGGAAUGGAGAACAAUAACGUGGAGGUCCUGCAUGUCACCAAACCUGACAAAUACCAGCUCCACCUGCAUGAAAGCUGCGUGCUGUCACUCCGAUUCGCUCACUGUGGGAAGUGGUUUGUUAGCACGGGGAAAGACAAUCUGCUCAACGCAUGGAGAACUCCAUAUGGAGCCAGCAUAUUCCAGUCUAAAGAGUCAUCGUCAGUGCUCAGCUGUGACAUCUCUAUCGAUGAUAAAUACAUUGUGACGGGCUCUGGAGACAAGAAAGCGACGGUCUACGAGGUCAACUACUAGGAGCGCUUUGAUCAUCUAAAUGCUGAUGACUCCAUUACCUAUGUGCAGCUUUUAUCACACGUGAAAAUGGAUUCGAACGGAACUAACCAGACUUUGGGACAGUGACCUUAUGGUGUUUUAACUGGCUGUGGACUAAAACAAACAAGCAGAAUCAAGCACACAGAUUUUUCUUUGUUCUUUUUUUUUUACAGAGUGACAUUUUGUUGUUGUGAGGAUGAGUACAUGUGCACUGAAUCUUGUAACUGUAUUACCAGGUAGCAUUCCUGUACACGUUUCAGCCUCUGCUAUACUCAUUUUUUUUUACACUACAUAUAAAUACUCAACUAAAAAGACAAAGGCUUUACAGUGUUACCAUGUGGUUCAUCUAAAUAUCAUGGAGAAUAAGUUGCAGUGGUUAGGGGCUCUAGUCAUUUCCCUCCAAAAAUGUUUUCUUCUACAUCCUGACAUAAUACCCUUCCCAUUAUUGUGCUUAAUUACAACUUAACUGAGAAAUGUAGAGCCAUUAUGAACUUGUUACCAUAUGGUCAAAAAUAGAUCUAUCUGAGGCCAAAUUCAAUAUCCUGUGGAAAUGUGGGUUCAAUUGAUUGCCUUUUCUGCUUUUUGUUUGAGCUGAACAGCUCUUAUUCGUAAGUGAUCUUAAGGCAGUAAAGCCCAUUUUUGUAUUCAUGUCCUGUCUCCAGGUACUGUAUGUUAAUACCUCUGCUCAUACCAAAUCUGCCUUUUUUUAAAUGUCAUUGCAUUUUUUUCUUUGUUGUGUUUCUUUAAAUCAGUACUUCUGAAUCUAUCCAGAAAAUAUGACUCAGCAUAUCUGUGCUGUCAAGUUAAGACACAUUUACAAGACAUAGGUUUGGUAACUAAACAUUAAAUCUCUUAUAAUGUUUGUCAUAUUAGUUGUCUUUUUUUUUACAGAUAUAAAAUGUUUACUAAUUUACAAAGUGGUAAGAUGAGUUUGACCUAAACCAGAGUCAAGCUAGCUGUUCUUCUUUGUUUCUAGUCUUUAUGCUAAGCUAAGUGUACAUGCUACUUGCUGUAUACUCAUUUACUCCUCAGAUGUGAUUCAGACAUUUUAUUUACCAAUUCCUCUGUUACUUUUAGUAUCAAUGUUCUACUUACUGUAUUGAAUCAGAAAUACUUGUUUUUUUUGUCAUAAUUCGAGUAAGACAUUUGCUCAGUCUUCCUUUGUGUGUGUGUGUGUUUGUGCGUGUGUGUGUUUUGAUUCUGUGAGUAUGGAACAAACUAACAGGAUCGCCCUCGGUGCCCUCACUACACUCUGACCUUUGCUCUUGGUUCUGCCCUCAGCUCAGACUCCUGUGGACGCUCACUGUAUUCUGUCUGACAAGUUUCUCUAAAGCUGUCUGUUUGGUGUUUGGAGGUCAACCAGCUCCCAUUCCCAGUCUGGAUUUUUUUUUAUCUGGAAUUUUUUGACAUCCUAUGUGGAAAAAAAACAAAACCAAAAACAAGCAGUCGACAAUAUGCUAAUGAUUUCUCCUGGAUUUGAUUCUGUUGGCUUGUAGAAACAACUCAGUGCCUUUAUGCUACUUCUGGCUCCGUUUCAUAAACGACACAGAGGCGAAGAUGGAAUCUUCUGUUUGUUUUUUAGAUGUACAUAGCUGGACAAAGAUGAAUUACAGUAAAAACUUUCAUUUAUCAGUGAAUUAAAAAAAAUGCCAGUCAGUCAGGUUGACAUCAGUUGUCUACUUGAGAAAAAUUGGGACCAAACUCCUCUUUGUUGGCCUGCUUUUCUGAGCACAUGCAGGGGAAACACACUUUUCAUAGCAGCUGCUGUUUUAAUCUGACUAUUUGAAGCAUGUUGCCAUUAGCAAGAAGAUUCUGAAGCAACCUUUCUUCAACACCACUUUUGUUUUUGCUUUCAAGCUUUGUUCUUGUUACUUUUGAAUUGCUCUUACGGUAAAUAUCUACAACCCCACGCCCGAGUGACAUUCAUCUACAGGAAGUUAAAGAUACAAACAUUUGAAACUGUGUUACUACAUUUUCUUGAUCUUGUGAGUCAGAAUUACUGGUCAUCGCUGGUAGCGAUUAGUGAUGAACCAAGAUCACGUAUUAUUAUUUUAAUCGCUGAAGUUGCUUUUCCAACUCUCAGUUUGCGAGCCUUUGAGAUUAAAGACAUGCUGUUUUUUUAUUCCAGAAAGAGAAGACGGCAACAACGAUGUCUGACAGUGAUUUGAACAUUGAAAGGAUUAAACGUGGUCUAUGCUUGAAUAUAGUACUUCCCUCCUCUUUGCUUUAACUAUGACACCAUCUGUCUGACUUAUUAAUGAUCAACUGGACCAAAUGGACCACUUCUAAAUGUGUCCGAGGAGAAAUGCUAAUGAUGAGCACUAAUCUGUCCGACACCUACCUACCUGUUGUAUUGUACUGUUAGGUAUUAAUACUUCUAGAUAUUUGGGUUAGUCUGGGUCACUUUGAAGUACUUCUCACUGUUUUCUAUCCGUUGAACAUGUCUGGAAGCUCUGUGCUGAAUUAAAGCUUGAUAUUGUCUUACACUGGAAAUGAAAGUUCAAAUGCCGAGUAGAAGCAUAGUUAAAGGUUGACAGUUCUUUUGAACACUCUUUUUUUAAUGUCUGUAACAUACAGACAGAUUUCUGUUUGAGUUGACGAUAACUGCACUAGUGUGACUGUAGAGGGAGAGAUUGAAAAGCAAAGCAAGAAAAACCUCCAAGGGACUCCAUGACAGUUUUCACUGCUAUGACUGAUAUUUCUGUCAUUUCUUCGACAGCUACACACAUUGACGUUGUACAUUCUGACGGACAGGUCAUGAUAUUUGUUUGUUUCUCACAGUGUUUGCCUUAUUAUGUGUUGGUGUGUUAGCUGCAGCUUUCAAAUUCAAAUGACAAUUCAUUCAUGUUGCUGUCACUGACUCGCUCAGCUGUGAUUUCCGCUCCUGAAUGAGUCUUACAUAUAGUGCAACCUGCAUCCCCACGUAUAAUGGAAAAAUAUAAACACUUUGGUUACACUUGCUAUAAUUUCCGAAAGUCAACCUCUCUGUAACUCAUCUCCACUGAUUGCUAACAGCUAGCUGGCUAAAAUAAGCUGACAAAUGGUAUUAUGUACAAUAAUGAUGUAUAGAGCAUUUAGCUUGACUGAACUCAUGAAGGUGUGUUGGAUUAAACAUGUAAUGAUUCAUCUUUAAGAGGAUAGAAACCUCCUGUUGAUAGCUGAGCUUCCCCCCUCUUCAAUACUAAAAGCCUUUGCUCUCUUUUUCUAGUCUGUGAUUGAUUUUAUUAAAUUAUUGUGUGGA